AAGCAGCCACGGGCAUUGACAGGCAAUAGAAAUAAUUUCCAGUAGAUACUUAAAAUAGUCUCACUUUCUUCCAUUAUUCAAUUCAAUUUCGCAACUCUUUUGGCCUUCAGACGUUGUUGGUCAGAUGCAAAAAGUGUCCAGCAGACACAGCAGCCGAUGGUACUAUAAUAUUACUUGCUCGCAAGAAAAACAAGCACCCCAAAAGAAGAUGAACAUACGAAGCUAGCACCAAGGUCUCUACCGGGGACCUGUUUCUACCUGCGGAUCGGAGGAUCUUGAAACCUUGCUUAUUCCACCUCGCCCGCGAAGAUGGACAUGCUUUUCGACGGACCGGAGGAGAUGGCGGUGGUUGGGGCGGGCGUGAAGAAAAAGUUCACCAACAUAUCGACCACGAACAUCAAGGGCGGCGGCUUUCACUUCAACAAGCCGAGCUCGCCGUCGAAAAAAACAGCCGAGGAAGCAGAUAUUGCUAUCCUGUUCAAAAGUAUAGUACUUGCGCAGAAGUAGUUGUAAAACAUUUGAUGCACCAAAUGCAUAGAACAUGACAAGUUUUGUAGCUUCUGGUAAAUCAGAUGCACCAAAGACAUAGAACAUGACAAGUCUUGUAGCUUCUGGUAACUCAUCUGCAUGGUAAUAUCGACGUUGCAGUUUUUGUGAAUAAAAAUGAUGAAAUGCAAUGUAUGCAAGUAUUUGUCUUUUCCAAUGCAUAACUGCCGGAAUGAACCACCAACUGACGGUGUACGGACGCAGCGCCUCGAAUUCCCCCACGAGUUUGCGGAACAGUAGGAACGACCUGGGCAUGAGCUCUGGCUUGGCCACCGCCAACAGCAACGCGGACAGCAAGGCGCAGCUGGACGAAAAGAUGGCCAGUAUGGAGCAGGAUUUGCAAAAGUUACGCGUGGAGCUGCGGUCUCUGGCCGAGAAAAACGGCACCGAUAAAGACGCACUUUAUCAAAGGGAGAAAUGCCCCCACUGCGGAAGUUGCAAAAAUUUGCGAUGCAAAGUUUCCAAAUGGAAACUUUUUGUCUUGCGUGAAAGGACUAUGAGUCUUCCUGAUGCAGGAUACAGGUAAGCAAGGCAUCUCUUACAAGACAGGCCCGGCUGUUGCUGGGGUCUUCUGCAACACAAAUUUUAGCUAUUCAGCAUUGAAAAUUUGUGAUGCUCAAACAUGCAAGAGGAGGAAUAUUUCCAUUGGAAAGCUUUGCAAUACAAAUGCUGCCAGGUCGUUAUGGGGUGGGAGCAUUUUACAUUGUAAUACACCGAUGGCAGAGUACGGGGGUAGGUUGCGGGCCAGUUACGACAGCGUGCUGUCGCAGCUCGAGAUCGAGUACGAGGGCCGGAAGGAAAGCGCCAAGCAGAAGUUGUACGACCAGCCAGCGAGCUCGGCAGGGUUCGGGAAAGGCAGGUCGGCGGGAAAUCAGGUAUUAUAAUCUACGGACCGUGCAGCUCGGCAGAAGAUAUAUGAAACCUGGUCUGCGUAUCUGAUGAAAAGGCUAGGCCUUUUAGUGCUAUUCUAUUAAUACCCAGAACAAAAAUUUCAACCCUUUGAUAUUAGCAGACCGGUAAGUUGUAGAUUCUUCUAUCUCGUCUCUCAGGCACAUCGGUUUCGGCUGCCCCCGGAUGCCGCUACGGUAGAUGCGCAGGACGAGAUGCUCUUUCUCCUGAAAAGAUGUUUCCAGCGCCAGGCCAGCACACCGGGCGGUUUGGAGAAAGACAUAUUUGCAACGGACGAGACCGUGAAUGUGGCGAAUCUGUGCCUCGCUAUGGAGGUGUUUUUUUCGAACAUUUGUUUCUGCCACCAGAGCGUCUUGUUUGAUGGUAAGUAUGUGAGCCAGUAGUUUCUGAUCAAAAAGCGCACUCGCAUGUAGUUCCUAGUACUAUCCACGAAAAAUCGAAUACAGGUGGACCCCGCCCUCAAACCUUGGCUCGGGCGGCUAGCUCGCUUAGACUGUUACACGGACGAAACCCUGACCCUGCAAGAGGUGCUGCUCUCUAUGCGGAACGGGCACCCGAGGUCGCGGAUCUCCUACACCGAAUUCCGCGAGUACUUCACUCGCGGCGGGUCGCAGGCGGGCGUAGUAGGAGCUGCCGACGCUUCCCAGAGCCCCACGAAAGACGCGGCGGGCGGAGCCGGCGGCGCGGGGAAGGCAACGGCCAAAUCCAAAUCCUCCUCCCUGCGCGCGUCUACGGAGAACAAUACCACCCCCAACUUGAAGCGCAGCAAGGCCACCGGCUCGACCACGGCCUCGUCCUCUAAACCACCGGGCGGAAACAAACAAACGGCAGCGAAAAAACCAACCACGCCGAGCACGGCGAAGGCAAGUAACAAGGCCAGUUCUACCUUCGCCAGCAAGCCGGCCGAUUUGAAGGCGUCCCUGGACGCAAAAACGAAGGCGGCCCUGGAGCUCCAGAAGGACAUAAGCGCGUUCCCGGGCAAGGCGGCGCCGGUCUUCACCGAAGUCCGAGCGGAAGACGCCGGCGCUUCCACAUCAAACGGCACGACGAGCAAGAAGAAACCAUCGCACACCUUCGCGCUGAUCGGGCUCCGCGUGCUGCUCGAGCAGGAGUACGGGGAUUUGGACUCCGUGUACCGGAAACUGGACCAGGAGGGGACGGGCUUCGUUUCCCUGUCCGAAUUUACGCUCGAACUCCGAACGCGGACGGACCGCUUUGAGCCCGGGUUCGCGGACGGAAGCAUCGAGACCGUGAUCGAUGCCCUCCGGAACGAGAACGCCCAGAUGGACAUAAGUGAGCUUCUCGGCAUCCCCGUCCCAAAGUGGAGCAACGCGGCCGAGCGAGUGGACGGACGAACCCAGGUGGUGCCCAAAGACGAAGCCUUCUCCGCCUUCACCUUUGGCCAGACCGGGCCGGGAGGCGAAGAAGGUUUGAGCUAUUGAUUUCGUUUCAUCGUCGGCAGGAUCAAAAUACGGCAUGCUGCAUGCGUAAUGCUGAAGUGCGAUUGGUAAAAAUAGAAUUAUAGAAAACCAUGAAUCGAAUACAUUCUUCAUCUUCUAUCAGGCGCAAAGCUCGAGCUUCCGGCCCAAAAGUUUCAAAAUUUUAUUGACGACGUCGCUGCGGGGUCACAGUCGACGGGCGAAAAAAUGGGCGCCAUGCACUGGCAAGCAUUGGAGGAUUUGUUCAAGUCCAUCGAUACAAAAAAAGUAGAUGUGCAGCGGUUUUUGUACAAGGUACAACUUCUUGCAACUUUUCUCCUUGUUUUUCCGCGCCGGUGCUGUUCUUCUUUCAAUCUCGAGUAAGUCUUGGCACGGGAAUUCAAUCUUCGCAUGAUUUUCAGGUCCGCGACUCGUCGGAUUCGCCUUUCGUGCAGAAUAAUUGGCUGAGCCUCAUUGUCGCCGAUACGCGGGAUCCGGUAACCGCCGAGGCGCGGGGAGUGACUUUGGCACAGUGCCUGGAGUAUCUCGAGGACUUGAAAGUGUACGAGUCGCAACCGUUCUACUUCUUCCAGAAGCGGCUAGAAGAGGCCCCGAGCAAGCGAUACCCGAAGCUGGGGGAGUACGUCCCCGUGGACGCGGAGAAGGAAGUGGGCAACCAGUGGCUCGUGAAGAACUACAAGGUGGAUGCAAAAAUCCUCCGGCGAGUCUGUGAUGUUUUCACGAGCUGUCAGAGCACCAAGCCGGAGUUUCCGGUGCGGAAGGCGGAGUUCAUCAUGCAGCUGAAGCAAAAGGCAAGCCUGCUGGCGGACCUGCACAAAACACCGGUCAUGAUGGUGGAGGGCGGCGGGGAAAAAAGUAUAAGAUGUGUAGUUGCUGCAAUGAGUUAUCAGCUGAUGUAUAGUCGUACGUAUGAUUGUGUAUAGGUUUUAAGCAGACCCUCUAAAAAACCACAGCAACAGUAACCAUUCUAAACCAAACCCCAGGUUCUCUCUCGCCACUUUGGGCAGAGAUCAUUCCUGGCCUGGCUGGCUACAGUAAAGACAUGCUGCAGUGGUCGGACGUUUUGGAGGUGGUAAAGGCAAGGUGUGACGUCUACAAGGCUAUCACGGACGGCAAGCAGGCGGCAAAAGAUGCUCCCGGAGAGAGUGCCACGAAAAAAUCGCCUCCAAGCAAAAAGAAGAUGAAGUACGAGCCCAUAGUGGUCACGACCGCGGAAGACGACGACCUCCCGGCCGCGGCGAAGGAACUCCAGGCAAUGGUGCAGUCCAUCGAACGUGGAGACCAGGAUGGCCGCUUUGCUUCUACGUCGCCGGAGAAGGGCGGCCCAGGUUCUUUUUUUCUUCGGGAAAGGGAUGAUUUUAGUUUUUCCGAUUGUCAUGCAAUUUGUUAGAAACUUCAGCGAGUGUCAGUGUGAGCUUUUGCUUUAUCGCCGUUCAAUAAGUAUUUUGAAACUCCACCUCCUACUGCCCAGGCUCGCCUGCGCCCUUCGUAGCGCCAAUCGUAACGCAACCCGGCGACGAGUACUCACCCAACAAAAAGGGGCGGUCCCUGUCCCCCAUCCCGCCCGCGGAGAGCUUCGAUCUGGUGAGACGGACGCAAGACUUUUCGCUCGUCAAGGGUCCGGAACUCGCUGACAUGAUCGAUAACACACUGGAUGUAGAGGACCCGGCAACGGAAGCCCAGAACCGCGCGCUCAUGCCGGUGGGCAAGUUGCAGCUCGUGCUUGACGCAGACUACUCGGCGUUUCUACAGGCCAGCCAACCGGAAACGCGGCUCGAGGCGGUGCGGAGAAGGGUGUGCACGGUAUUAUAUUUGAAAAAAGGUCUUUGACGAUGCAACAUCUCCUGUCAGCCGGAUUUGUCUAUGAAGUAGAGGAAGUUCUUUUCUACGUACUACUGCGACAAAACCAGGCGCGAGUAGUGAAUUAGACUCCUAGAAGUUCUGAUGUUCUAGACCUUCAUUGAAGUAAUUCUAAAAUGCGUGCAGGUCCUCGAGCUGGACCCCACGUGCGUAAGCCUGAAGUCGCUCUCCCGCAAGAACGGGCUCCUGCAACUCGACCUGGAAACCGAGCAAGUGAGCCCGGACUCGGCGGACAAGCGGCUCGGGUUCGCGACCCAGGGGAGUUUUGACUUGAACGGCGUGAUUGGGUACAGAGUAGUCGAUCUCCGGUUCCAGGGCCGGGUCUUCAUCGAGGACGGCGAGAAGAUCUACCUCCGGCCCAACGUGGCCACCUUCGGCAGUACCGGCGACAGUAUAGCACCCGCCGCUGGACAAACGCAAUUCCCAGCAGGGCGGGGAAACAAAACUUUGUCCAAGGAAGAACUCACCGAGGAGGAGCGGAAGUACGCGGACUGGUCAAGUUCGCGCAACGUGCUGGAAAAACAUGGGGAGAAGUAUGCAAGUACACCGAGCCUGAUCAAAAUGCCUUCCUUUGCCGCCCCAGACAACUACUGGGAAUUGAGGCGUAUAGUUCUGGUUCAGAAGAUGAAGAAUAAAUUACGGUGGCCUGAUAGAUUCAUGAUGUUGUGACAACCCUAGCGUGCGCCGGGUUCAUCUUCGAAGAACUUGCUGCGGAGAUCAACGCACUGCCUUGUUUUUGCGUCGUUCUUGCGUGAUAAUGAUCACGAGGUCUUGUUGCACUGAUCCAACAUUUUUGUUUUAUCAAUCGAAAAAAUUUACAGAGGGCACGCGCAUCCGCGACCGGCGGCUGAACACCAUGAUAUCGGAGCGCGACAAGGAACAAACCGGAAGCACCAAAUUUGUCGCGAAUCCAGUUCCGCAACACAUCUACCUGCCGCGGUAUUCCCAGCUGGACCUGGCGGAGAAGGCGAGAAGAUCUAGCGCGAAAAAUCUCGCGCGCCUGAAUUACACAAACGAAAUAUCCUGAGUAAAAACGUCCCCACACCAGAGUCAAGAUGGGGACUCGGCUAGACAAAUCCACAAAUUUUGGCUGUUUUGCAUGACAAAUUUGAACUCGUAGUCUAGUGCUGUUUGACCUACCUCAGCAGCAUCACAGAUCUACUAUAUGAUGCUGAUUGGAGCAUGACAAAUUCCAAAACACGACUGCGACAAGCUCUUUAUGGGGCUCCGCAUGAGAAACAUUUUCACCAUGCAGAUCUGCAUCAUUGUGAUGGCACUUAGGAGUCCGCCUGACCCACCCGCCCUGCGUCUCAGGCCAUCUGCGGCUAUGGCACAAUGGGGGGGCAAAGUGUGUCGCAUUUUGUUUAGCAUGACAACUCUGGGGUGGGGACGUUUUUACACAGGAUACGAAACCACCGGGGAACAAAAGAACAACGCAACCACCGAGCGGCCCGCGACGACACGGGGCCGGUCCCUCUCCCGCGGGGGCGAGAGAGACAUCAGUAGCUCGGAGACAAAACGCAUGCGCAGCCAGAGCGCCGACGCGGGAAAGAAUGCUGCGCAACCGGUUCUCACGUGGGACACGGUGAAUAAGAACUACCAAGAGAGCAGUAAGUACCAGCUGUACAAGGCAAAUCGCUCCGCUUCCGUUCCACCAAAGUAUGACAAAGUGUACCAGGCCUUGUAUGCGGACAAACUCGCAGAUGAUGAGGAGAAGGUGCAAAAACCCUUCGUGGCAAACGGAUUUAAGUGCGGAAAGCCGCUGCCACAGAAACAAGAGGAACCGGAAUGGCCCCUGAAGGUCAAGGAAGUCCCAAACUUUCGCCAGAUACACGUCAGGAACCAGAGGCAGUUUGUGGAGAAAAAGUAUUGUUUUGGAUGUCAUGUUGCCACCUCAACUGGUGCAUCGUCUGUUUCUGUGGAAUACUUGGCAUACGCCGUUUUCAUUUGCAGGUUCUUGUGCGUAGAAUAAUUGGUUUUCAAAACAAUUUUCAACACCCCAACACACCAUGGGACGACCGAAUCUUUUGUCAAUUGAAUGGGAACAAAUCAUGCAUGAUCACAGGCAGGCGUACAAGCAGGCAUUGGGCGUGACCGCGGGGAAGGCGUUCAAUUUCACGGCGAAAAAGCGGCUGAUCCGUGCGCCCCCGGUAGACGAGACGGACCUGCGGUGGCAGAAAGCGACCGGCACGGUGAAGAAGCCACGGGGGCAGAGCUCCUUUUCGCGCCCGAAUCUGAUCGAAUCGGAAAAACCCAACGUGAUGCCCCCAAAGACGACGGCCAAAACGCUGCAGCAACGGCAGCACACGGCGCAAAGGAUACGAGAAAGACAACAGCGGGAAGACGAGCGCAAACGUGAACUGGAGAGCUAUUUACCGAGCGAAGACACUAAGGAACGCGUGCAGGCCACGCUGAAUAAGGAGAAAAGCACGCAGGGUAGGAUAAACUGCAUUGAUUUGUUUUGAACUACGGGCUGAAAAGGAAUAAAUUCAACAGAUUUUUGGUCGGUGCGUGCUGCAUUUUUGCACGGUAGGGGAAGAAGUACUUCUGAGUACCCUAGUGCAAAUCAAUUUGCCGUGUGAAGAUGUUUCCGAAAAAUGAAAAUCAGCGAUGGAGCUCGAGCGCCGCACGUACGAGUUUCGCAUGGGCCAGAUCGCCACGGAAAAGCGGUGGAAGAAGCAGCUGAAGGAAAUCAAGGAAAAGCUGAACAAUCGCCCCCUCCUGAUGGAGCGCACGCAAAUGGAGCAGGCCCGGGAGCGGGCGAGACAGCGGGCGCUGCUGCGGGUGAAGGCCACCAUGGAGCAAAAAGGCGUCAAAAACGUGGACGCCCACUUCAAAAUCGAGGAGCUGAACAUGAUGGAAGGACUGUAG